AAGCAUCAGGUGAUGAUGAUGUAUCACAGCAUGGGACUGACGAUACAGACGGAAAAAUAAUUUUUGUAUCUUUAUAAAAAUGAUUAGUUUUAUUUAGUUCUUUAAAUGUUAUCAUUAAUGACUUAUUAAAUUGAUUCACUUCGCAUCGUCUAUUCAUUCUGUUGUGGCUACAAUAGCAUACAUAAUUUUGUAUUGUGAGGACCGAUGUUUGCUAUUCUGCUUGGAUGUUCUCGUAAUUAUAGUUUUUAAUGUAAUUUCUUUAGCACUUAUUUUUGUUUGUUGUAGGUUAUAAUGAGUUCGACAUUUUUGUAUUUUGCUUAUGGCAGCAAUUUGCUGAUGAAGAGAAUCCACAUCAAUAACCCAUCUGCUUCAAGGAUUGGCAUUGGAAAAUUAAAGCAUUACAGGCUAGACUUCAACUACAAGUCCAAGAGAUGGGGAGGUGCAGCUGCUACUAUAGUGCCUGACAGUGGCAGCUGUGUGUGGGGAGCAAUGUGGGAGAUUCACAACAAUAAUAUGUCUUCAUUAGAUAGGCAGGAAGGUGUGUCACAGGGGGUAUACGAAGUGGUGACCGCGUCUGUGGAACGGCCAGAUGGCGCGACGGUACAGUGUCGCACAUAUCAGUUGGUGGACCAACCCCCGGCCUUGAGCGAAGGGGAGAGUCUGCCUCCACACCGACAACCCAGCAAGGUGUACAUGGACACCAUUGUGGCGGGGGCCGAGGAGAGCGGUCUACCCGCCUACUACAUCGAACAACUCCGGAACAUUCCAAAUAAUGGCUAUAGUGGCCCUGUCGAUCAUCACGCUGACUGAUCAUGGUGUUCUUCCAAAUAUAUUGUGAUAUUUACAACUAA